ACGCCGGCCGAGGGGAGGCGCGGCGGCUGUGUCGGACGAGAGCCGGAGGAGGCGGUGGGUGGAGGUGGCGGCUGCAACGCGGGUUCCUGAGGAGAAGGAGGAGGAGAAGCGGGUGAGGGGCGGCGCGGGGCCCGACCUCUGAGCCCCCUCUUGGCCCCCGCCCCGCGCCGCCCGGCCUCCCAGUCACCCCCUGAACCGGCUGUCCCCGGGCCCUUCCUCGAACCUUGCGGUCCAAGUCUCCAGCCCCGCGGAUCUACGCGCUCCUCACUCGUACCCUUCCCUGCACCCUUGGAGCCCAUGCAGACUCCUCUCUCACUCUCAGGACUUUCCUUGCACCUUAGGAGUCGCUCCUUGCCCCACCAGGGCCCAUCCCCACCACCUUUUCCUGCAUCGUAACCUACCUACCCUGUCACACUCAGGGCACUUCCUGACUCCUGUCUCACUAUCCUGGUCUCUGAGGCCCUUCCUCUGACUCUCUGUUUCCCCAGCCCCCUUCUGCAACCUUCCCAGGCUUUAGUUAGCUACUUAGCGCCCUCAAUUCCCUCCUCGAACCCGUAGGAUCUUUCAGGUUUCCAUCACUUCAAAUCCCCCAGGAUUCCCUCAAACCCUGCUUGGAACCGCUAAGCCCUUCCCUUGGACCCCAGGCAUAUCUACCCUUUGGAUUUCGUGGGCUCCUCCCUUGCAACCUCAGAUAAGCAGGCUCUGGGGCCCACAGACACCCCAUGCAGCGCCUGAGCGGCACAUCCAUGCUCUGUGCCAGAGCAGCAUGGUUUUUAAAGCACCAUGGGGCCUGAUCGAGUGACAGCCCGAGAACUGUGCGAGAAUGAUGACCUGGCCACCAGCCUUGUUCUUGACCCCUACCUCGGCUUCCGCACCCAUAAGAUGAAUGUCAGUCCUGUGCCCACCUUGCGACGACAACACCACCUUCGUUCAGCACUGGAAGCUUUCCUAAGGCAACGGGACCUGGAGGCUGCAUUCCGGGCCCUGACGCUAGGAGGCUGGAUGGCCCACUACUUCCAGAGCCGUGCCCCUCGGCAGGAGGCUGCUCUCAAGACCCACAUGAGGACACCUAGACCCAGAGAUGACCCAGGCCACACAGUCAGUGACAAAGUAGACCUGGUCCAAGAGAAAGAGGCCCCUGUGGUUGGCCCGGCUCAUCUUCCUGCCCUCCCCCACUCUUCUCUCAGAUUUUCUGCUACCUCCGCGCCUUCCUGCCUGAGAGUGGCUUCACCAUUCUGCCCUGCACCCGCUACUCCAUGGAGACCAAUGGGGCCAAGAUUGUGUCUACCCGUGCUUGGAAGAAGAAUGAGAAGCUGGAGCUGCUGGUGGGCUGCAUUGCAGAGCUGCGUGAAGAGGAUGAAGACCUGCUUAGGGCCGGUGAGAACGACUUCAGCAUCAUGUACUCCACCCGAAAAAGGAGUGCCCAGCUGUGGCUUGGCCCAGCUGCCUUCAUCAACCAUGUUUGUGCCCUCAGAUGGGAAUACUGCCUGUGUGAAGGUGCUACGGGACAUUGAGCCAGGGGAUGAAGUGACUUGCUUCUAUGGUGAGGGCUUCUUCGGCGAGAAGAAUGAGCACUGUGAAUGCUAUACCUGUGAGAGGAAAGGCGAGGGAGCUUUCAGACUUCAGCCCAGGGAGCCUGAGCUGCGACCAAAGCCCCUAGACAAGUAUGAGCUCCGAGAGACAAAGAGGCGUCUGCAGCAGGGCUUGGUCAGCAGCCAGCAGAGCCUGAUGAGCCGGUGGGCCUGCUCCCACCUGUCCCCACUGCGCCCUGACCCAUUCUGUGCUGCCUGCCAGCCCUCAUGCCUGCUGCCUGCCAGCCCCCACAUGGAUUACUUGCCCCUUUGGCUCCAGCGGGCGCCUCAACCCCAGCCCAUAGUACCUCCCAGGAAGCGCCACCGCCGCCGCCGCCCCAGGAUCCGCCAGGCUUCAUUGCCUCCUGUCCUCCGCACUGCCUGUGUCCCCCUGCACCGAUGGGGAGGCUGUGGUCCCCACUGCCAGCUACGUGCUGAGGCCAUGGUGACCCUACACCUGCGCCCCCAGACUCGCUGGACCCCACAACAGGACUGGUACUGGGCCCGGCGCUAUGGGCUACCUUCUGUGGGGCGUGUGGAACUUACCCGCCUAGCCCCAGCCCUGCCAGCUGCUCCUGCCCCUGCUGGGAACCCAGGUCCUGUCCCCACUCCUGAUUUCAUCCCUAAGCAGGCCCUUGCCUUUGCUCCGUUCUGCCCACCUAAGCGCCUCCGGCUAGUGGUCAGUCAUGGUUCUAUUGAUCUGGACAUCAAUAGUGGUGAGCCAUGAUGGGCUGCUUACAGGGAGCGGAAUGGAGUGCAGAGUCUAUCUUGGAGCCCUCCAGAAGGGAAGGAGAGCUGACCCAGGUCUGAUCCUGGUAGUGUGUUGUUUGGGACAUCCCUAGAGAGCUGAUCCUUGUUCUAUGAUUGCUGACCCCUGAGCCAGCCCCAACCCAGCAGGGAGCCCUGGCCAUUUGCUGUACCCAUCCCUGCCCCCACCUCAGGACUAUAGGAGUCAACCUCCUCCCUCAGCCUCUCCCUCCCAGGGAGCAAAGCCAUAAGGGAGGGGGGCACUCCAUGGCGACUCUCUAGAAGGCCAGGCCUCAGGGGGUGGAAUUGACUUGGGGGUUUGCCUUCCCCUGAGCUGCUCCCACAGUGGGGAGUGAGUUGGCUCUCAGCUCUACAGUUGAUGGAGGUAGGGGCGGUCAGAUGAGGUGGGUGGUACCCAGGGGCACAUCCUUGGCUCUGCCCCACGGGUCUCAGGGAGGCCAGGUGUGACCUCAUCUUUUUCACGGUGCUAUCCCUGGUGCUACUGGGGUGUCGGGGAGGCUUCCUCUCCUUCCCACAUCGGAAUGGGGGAUGAUGGGGGAUUGGAAGAACUUGAACUUUUUAUUAAAAUAUUGUAAGUCCUUA